AACUAAUAACAAUGAACAAUGAGGAUUCCGCACACGAUAUCGAAGAACGUUGUGGCCGCUUACAGGUGCUCGCCGGAGACGUCGCUGUUGCCCCAGGAGCAAGGAAGGACCUUGCGAACGGAGGACACCUCCUGGGACGACGACGUAAUCCCCGAUUUGAAGAUACUCGCGCUUCGCGUCAUAGUCUCGAUCUGGAAGGAUAAUCCCGUUCUGGGGGAUCUGCCGACGUGCGUCGACAGAGACGUGCUCCUGGAAACGCUGCCGACCGAUCUCCCUUUUGAGCUCACGAUAACGAGAAUCGGGGACGGAUUUUAUUGGGAACGCGCGGCCAAGGACAGGUGGGAACACAAUGAUCCGAACGAAUACGGCGGUUCAUGGCGACGAUUAUAUUGCGAGCGCCACUUGGCCGAAUAUCUGGAAACUUUGCACGCGAGCUACUUCGAGGCCCAAAGAGAGGAAUGCGAGAACCUAAUGACUCUCCUCAAGGACUACAUACACGUCGUAAGACUUCGCUCUCUCGUGCCAACCAAGAAACAGAUCAAGCGAGUCGACGACGAGGACGACGAAUCUGCUCUGGAAGAGGACAUCGCACAUCACAUUCAUAUGGCAAUUAUACUACCGCAAUUUCCACACCUCACCGAAAUUUACCUCAACUUUGGUAUGAUUUACAUGGACGACGGUUUUGAGUGGCGGGAUUUCGAAUUCUCCCUGGAGGAUUGCAUAAGUCUGGGGGAAGGAAUUAAAGCUACCCCAAAACUGAAGAAAUUCAGUUUAACCCGCAGCAACUUGGAUCGGCCCCGAAUCGCUGCUAUUCUUCAAGGAAUAGUAUCGAACGAUAAUAUCGAAGAACUGGAUGUGUCGCAUUGCAAUUUGAUGGACACCGGUGCGCACGCAGUGGGCGAAUUUCUGUCGAUGCAUCGGAAAUUGAGAACUCUGCAUUUGACGAACAACAACAUAGGACCGAUCGGAGUGGCCGGCGUCGUUCAUGGAAUAUUGAAGGCGAGUUCGUGCGCUCUGAAAAAUUUCGACCUCAGACUGAACCCUCUGCUAGACGAGGGAGCCCAUCACGUAUGCGCUCUUCUGGUGAGAAACAAAACUUUGGAAACUUUGAACAUCAGCGGAUGUGGAUUAACAUCUGAAGCCGGUAUAGCGCUCGCAGGAGUCUUAGCUUCAGGUUGUGUGGAGCUCAAAAUCUUAUCUCUUGAUGUAUCGAACAACAAUUUUGGAUUGACUGCUGGAGAGUCAUUCGAGGCGGCCGUGGCCUCCUGCUCGUACAUUAUCCACUUGGAUGGUCGAAUGUGCAAUUUCUCGAAAGAAUCGGAGUACUCGAUCAUGAGAGCGCGUACAGAAUUAUUUCAGAUCGUCUAA